GUCUCGUUUAUGAAGGCAUCGGACCAAAGCAAAAGCAAAAACAUGUAAUCUGUCAGUUGAUGCGAUUUUUCGAACUAUGGCAUCUGCGAUGGCGACAUGGACGCCAAGCUCUCUCCAGCUCAGGAUUGCCCUCAACUGUCGGAGCUUCAAAGCUGCUCCGGCGAGAGCGAAGUUGACGAAGCUCAGUCCCCGUCUCCGGACGUCAUGCGCUGCACAUAAUGCAGAAUCGGGUCGCGGGUCGGAUCGUUUUCGCGGGUGGGCUGAUUCAGGAGACGAUGAGAUGAGUCCGGAUUCUGGCGGUGGCGAUUGGUAUAAAGGAACACUGGUCUCUGGAGUGGCUGCUGGGAUGGUUCUCUUCGUUGGGCUAGCUUUGGGAGCUCGAUCUUUCAAGAGACACGUGUUAACUAGACCAAAAGUAGAAGUGAUGGUUUCUGAAAGCUCAAGUGAUCAAGUCGGGGAAGCUAGUCAUGAGAGAGGUAAUCUAAUGGACCAAGAUGAAAAAGAAAGCUAUAAAGAUUCACCACUUUUGGAGUCAAAAUCCGCAUCUACAAGCAAAGAAAACCACGAGGCGAACAAAUCUUCAGAAAGCCGAGCUGAUAGAGUAGAUACAGAUGCUUCUCAAAUCCCAGACGAGGAGAAGAAACACCGGUGUUAUACAGGCAUACCUGCUCCUUCCACGGUUCCACAAGUAAACCCCUUGAGUCCUAUCUUUCCAACAGUUGUGGACCCAAUUCAAAGUCAAAUGUUUGCAGCUUUACAAGCAUUAAAGGUUAUUGAAUCUGAUGCUCGGCCUUAUGAUUUAUGCACACGCCGUGAAUUUGCUCGUUGGUUGGUUUCUGCAAGCAAUGUUCUAUCGAGGAACUCAGCAUCGAAAGUGUAUCCUGCAAUGUACAUCGAGAAUGUUACUGAACUUGCAUUUGAUGAUAUCGCACCUGAAGAUCCUGAUUUUCCAUUCAUUCAAGGUUUGGCAGAGGCAGGAAUUAUCUCAAGCAAGCUCUCUAACCAUAACAUGCCUUCUGCUGAGAGCGGUCACCUUAAGUUCUCACCAGAAAGUCCUCUUUCACGUCAGGAUCUUUUGAGCUGGAAGAUGGCUUUGGAAUUCCGACAGCUCCCAGAAGCGGAUAGCAAGAAGUUGUACCAACUUUCUGGCUUUCUUGACAUUGAUAAAAUAAACCCAGAAGCGUGGCCUGCCCUUAUAGCUGACUUAUCUGCUGGAGAAAAUGGAAUAACAUCAGUUGCCUUUGGGCGUACCAGAUUGUUUCAGCCGUCUAAAGCAGUUACAAAAGCCCAAACAGCUGCGUCUCUUGCAACUGGUGAAGCUUGUGAAGCAGUUAGUGAGGAGCUAGCUCGUAUCCAAGCAGAGGCUAUGGCUGAAAACGUGGUUUCUGCCCAUAACGCGCUGGUUGCUCAGGUGGAGAAGGAGAUCAACGCUACCUUUGAGAAAGAGCUUUUGAGAGAAACAGAAACUGUAGAUGCAGUGGUGAAAUUAGCUGAAGAAGCGAAAAGGGAGCUGACAAGGCUUAGAGUUGAGAAAGAAGAGGAGACUCUCGCAUUGGAGAAAGAACGCACGUCGAUUGAAACAGAGAUGGAGUCUCUUGCAAGGCUACGAAACGAGCUUGAGGAACAACUUCAGGGGCUUGUGAGUAACAAGGCAGAGAUGUCGUUUGAGAAGGAGAGGUUUGGUAGACUUCAAAAGCAAGUGGAGAAGGAGAACGAGGAGAUACUACGCUUGCAGAGUGAGCUUGAGGUUGAGAGGAACGCUUUAUCCAUAGCCAGGGAUUGGGCGGAGGAUGAAGCGAGAAGAGCAACAGAGCAAGCAAAAGUGCUGGAAGAAGCUAGAGGGCGUUGGGAGAAGUAUGGCCUGAAAGUGAUUGUUGACAGAGACCUCCAUGAACAGACAACAACCGAGUCUACGUGGUUGAACGCUGGGAAGCAAUAUUCCGUCGAAGGAACCAUGAACAGAGGUGAAAAUGUGGUUGCUAAGCUCAAGAAGAUGGCGCAAGAUGUAAGAGAGAGAUCCAGAGAUGUUAUCUACUCGAUUGUAGAGAAGAUAAGGCUUUUGAUAUCAGCUUUGGAGAAACAAGUUCGUGGAGUGAGCAACAAAGCCAAACAGGUGGAAAUGAAAACAAAGUCAAGAGCGGAAGAGUUAAGGAAACAAGCGAGCUUGAAGAUUUGUGAGAUCAGAGAUGUCUCUAUGAUGCGAACUAAGGAGGUUGUGGAAGAGUUUAAGGAUAGAGUAUGGAAACUCAAGUCAAAGUAGGUUUUGUGAGGUUUAGUUGUCCUCAACAAGUCGCAGCACAUCACCGGCUAAAAAAAUCUUAAAAGCUUUGUAUAUUUUUGUUGAUUUUAGCUUUGUUUCGAGUUGUUUAUCUUUAAAGAUUUCUGGAUGUUAAAGAAUUUCUUCUUGGAGUAAACUUUUUCUUG